GGGCCCUUUAAGGCGCGAUCCCGGAGCAGCCCUGACGUCAGCGGGGCGGGCGCGCCCGGGCACCGCAGCCCCGGCGGUCGCAGCUCCGCGCCCCAGCGAGUGCGGCUCCACCGGGGCGCACCGGGUGACAGGGCGCCUGAUGCCCGUCCCCACCUGACGGCACCGCCAUGGCCGGGGCGCAGGGCUGCGGCGAGGGCAAGAUCGCGGGGCUCUACGACCUGGAGCGCACGCUGGGCAAGGGCCACUUUGCGGUGGUGAAGCUGGCCCGGCACGUCUUCACUGGGCAGCGCGUGGCCGUCAAGGUGAUCGACAAGAGCAAGCUGGCAGGGGAGGCGGCGGGGCAGCUCCUGCAGGAGGUACGCUGCAUGAAGCUGGUGCAGCACCCCAACGUGGUGCGCCUCUACGAGGUCAUCGACACCCACGCCAAGCUGUACCUCAUCCUGGAGCUGGGCGACGGUGGGGACAUGUUUGACCACAUCAUGCGGCACGAGGGCGGCCUGGCCGAGCCGCGCGCCAAGCACUACUUUGCCCAGAUCGUCCAUGCCAUCUCCUACUGCCACAAGCUCCACGUGGUGCACCGCGACCUCAAGCCCGAGAACGUGGUCUUCUUCCAGGAGCAAGGGGUGGUCAAACUCACCGACUUUGGCUUCAGCAACCGCUUCCAGCCCGGCAAGAUGCUCACCACCAGCUGCGGCUCCCUGGCCUACUCGGCACCAGAGAUCCUGCUUGGGGAUGAGUACGAUGCCCCGGCUGUUGACAUCUGGAGCCUGGGAGUCAUCCUCUACAUGCUGGUGUGCGGCCACCCCCCCUUCCAGGAGGCCAACGACAGCGAGACCCUCACCAUGAUCAUGGACUGCCGCUACACCAUCCCCCCGCACGUCUCGGCAGAGUGCGCUGAUCUCAUGUCCAGGAUGCUGCAGCGGGACCCGAAGCAGCGAGCGUCCCUGGAGCAGAUUGAGGGCCACACGUGGCUGCAGGGGGUGGACCCGUCCCCUGCCAGCCGCUCCCUGCUGCCCCUCACCUCUCACAAGCGCGUGUCUGAGGAGGAGCACGAGAUCAUCCUCCAGGCCAUGAUGUGCGGGAACAUUGCGGAUCGGGACACCAUCCAGGAGGCGCUGGAAGCUGACCGCUACAACCACAUCACGGCCACGUACUUCCUGCUGGCAGAGAGGAUGCUGCGGGAGAAGCAGGAGAAGCAGGGCCACCGCCUCAGUCUCGUUUACAACCUGGCCAAGGAGGUACAGAGCAGGCCCAACUUGUCAGAGACAUUUGGCUCUGUGGGCAGCGCCGGCAGCCUCCUGCCCUUCACGGAGAUAGGUGGCCUCGCCGGGGCAUCCCGGCUGCCCCCUGGGGGGGACAUUGGCGGCCGGCAGCCCACUGGGACCCUGCUGAAGGUCCCUGCCGUUGACACCACCAUCACCAAGAGCACCCCGGCCCUGCAGCAGAUCUGUGAGGAGGAAGAGGAGGACGAGGAGGAGGAGGAGAGGCCCAGCGCAAUGGAGAGGAAGAGCAGCUCUCUGAACCAGGAGCAGAUGCGAGCCUUCCUGCGCGCCCACCGCCCGCCCGGCCGCGGGGAGGUCUGGGGGCCGGGGGUUGAGCUGGGGGGCCGGGGAGGGCGCUCGGGGACGGCCUGGGCUGGGAAGGGAGUGAGUGGGGGCCGGGGUCCCCCCAUGCUGCGGGGAAAUGGAGGUGAGCCCCUAAGGAGGGAGGAGGACACAGAGCCUGGGGGCUCCUCAACAACUCCUGCCACCCUCCCAAGUCCUGCAGACACGUCCCCGGGGCAGGGGGAACAGAUCGGCCCGGCCCAGCAGUCGGUGGAGAGCUCAGGCCCUGAAGGGGGCGCAGAGAGUGUGAUCAAGCUGGACCCGGGCAAGGGCAAGGGGGGCAGCCUGCGGGACAGGCUCCUGCAGUUCCCGUUCUGCGAAAAAGCCCUGGCCUUCAAACUCCGGCCGGGCUCCAAGGAGAGCCUCUUAUCACUGGGGCAGUUCAACUGCUGCCAUGUCAUUUAAGGCCCCGGGACUGGCCCUGCUGUGGGGACUGGGAGGGCGCCCACUCCCCUGUCUUUGGUCUCUGGUGGCUGUGGGGCUGGCGGGUGGCACAGUGCCCUGCUUUGUCACCCGCGGUGGCCACCCUGCCAGCACCCCCCCGGAGCCCUCUGUGACUGACCAUCCCCCGGACAGGCCUGCCCAGGGUGAAGCAGACUGGGGUCCAUCCCAGCACCGGCCAGUGUGUCCCCAGACCUCUGGGACAGCUCCAUGACCCUGCCGGAAUGGGAUGGACCACGACACUUUUUUAACUACUACAAAUAAUUUUUUAAAAUAGUCUAUUUUAAUGUAAUUAAAUAUAGAUUGCUAUAUUGCCCCCAGACCCCUCAGUGCCCCAGCCCCACAGUGUGCAUGGCCCGGGGCUGGGCUGUCCUGCCUGCAGCCCCCCCACCAGCCCUGGCUGGGGCCAGGCACAGCCUGGCCCGUGACCCCAGGCUGUCCCCUGGGCCCUCCCUGCAAAUAAGCUUCCUAUUUAUUAUCUCUUUGUUUUCUUGCUGGCAAGAAAUGAAUGACGACGGAGGCAUGGGCCGGAGCUCGGCCUGAGCCGUGGCACAUGCGCCUGGAAGGAUCGGAGCCGCUGGGAAGCAAAGUUUGUCAGGACAAUAAAAUAAGCUCAUGGGUUGA